GGUCGUCGUCGUCACGCUUCGAUCAACCGCCACAGUGGAUGCCGCUACGUCGUCCCGCGCCGCCACUGGUGCCGCUACACCCCCGCGAACGCUCAAUUUAAGGAACGUCAUGGGUACGGCAUCUUCCAGCCCUUCCCGUCAUUACUCUAUCGGGUCAGCGAAUUCGCCUCCAUUAACUGAACGCCGGAGGUUAUCAAGUGUUGAAGGAGCCUUAACCAAUGUUCCAUCACGAAGACAAAGAGUUUCUGUAACUUCUUUGUCGUCAAUGAGAAGUAGCUUUGAAUCGCCGAGUAAAAAAUUGAGCAGAGAUAGUUCCUUAGAACAAGGAUCACCAAGUAAGAAAUUAUCGAUGUGCUCCCUACAAGAUCCUGCUAGAUUAUCUAUAUCAUCAGCUGUUGUCAUACCAGCAAGAGGAUCACUAGAUUCAGGAUAUAGCGGUUCAUGGAGAUCGUCCGUUUCUUCUGCCAGAUCAAGAUCAAGGUCUAGUUUUGAAGCUUAUACAAGGUCUAGAUCUUCGGUUGAUAGUAAUAUCAUUUCGGUUAUAGCGGGUAAUUCAACCGGAAUGGAGCAGAUUCAUGAAGAAAAUGAAGCCAUAUCAGCAGCUGAACAGUUCGCUUUAAGACAUAGUAGAUAUGUGGCUGUUGAAGCUGAAAAGGUUGCUAGAUGCGUCCUAAGGUUUGGUAAUUACGGUGGCAAAGAAAGUGAUAAACCAAAUUGUAAUUUAGGAACAUUUUCAAAACCGCAUGCCAUUGCAGUCUGUCAAAGAUCGGGAGAUAUUAUUGUUGGUGAAUGGUCUUCGGAGAUUAUUCAGGUAUUUGAUGCUCGAGGUGAUUAUAAAACCUCUUUUGAAGUUGGUCUAGUUCAUGGUUUAUCCGUUCUACCAGACGGGAACUUAGUAAUAGCCUCGUCGAAGGGCGUUGAAACCUAUACCAAGGACGGUAAAAAAAUAGAACAAGUUACUCCCAAUCUCGCAACAAGCGUUGCUUCCGCUCCAAAAUGUUUGAUAACCGCCGAACACUCCUCUGUAGAUAUCUAUGGGGAGGAUGGUCGUUUAUUAAAACGUAUCCGGAAUUCUAAAUUACCAUCUCUAAUCUCGAAAGUAUUACACCGUCAUUUUGCUUUGAAACGAAUUGUUGGAGUAGCUAUAAUGCCCAGGGACUAUUCAAUUGUAUUGUUAGAUGCGGAAUCCCGACUCCUAUUUGUAUUUAGUGAGAAGGGACGUUUCUCGCACGCUAUAGUUCCGGCAGAAGAACCUUGCGGCGAUUUGAAAGGUCCCCAGGGUAUUUGCGUCGAUUCUCGGAAUAAUAUUGUUGUAGCCGAUACGUAUAAUCAUCGCAUCGUUCAAUUCUCUCCUACCGGUAAAUACUUAGGGCUUGUCGAACAGUUUUUAAAUAACAAACAAAAUGCUGGCGGUUGGUAUCCACAUGGUGUCUCAUGUACGAACGAAGGACAUUUGGCAGUUACCGUGACUGGACAUAAUUUUGCAGAGGUUAGAUUAUACCGGUAUAAAUAGAAUGUGAACAAAUUGCAUUUAUAUUAAGUGGCUAUAUUCCUUUCCGUUUAUAUACAAAUAAAUCUGGA